AUGUGCCCGGGGAUCACAAAAUGGCUCUCCGGCGGCAAGCCAAAGGGGCGAGAGGAGCAACACUUAAUUCGUGAAGCCGUGGUAUGUCCGGAAUGGCCGGCCUUACCCGUCUCGGCGGCCCCGUUUACGGUCCCUCUUCUCGAAUGUCAUCGUCUUGGGGCCCUAAUCCCAGCCAACGCCGGUUCAGCGAUCGACCUCAGUCGACCUCCGGCUGACCUGGGUCAUCGCGGCGACAUUCUCUUCAUGGAGAAAAGAGAGUAA